AUGGAUAUGCGGAAAAUAAGCUCCCACAAAUUUGUCAGCCAUAAAGUUACUCGAGUUCCGAUGACUUCAGGUUACCAAUACUUAAAUUUCACAACUCCAUCUAUUUAUGCGCCAACCCACGAAGAUAUUGCCGUCUUUUUCGACACGGAAAAGUGCUACAAGGAAUAUACAGCACGCCAGUUGUUUCAAGCGGCAUGGCCGCAGUUGCGUUUUCUGCUCAUGGCGGUGGCAGCUGUAGCUGCCCCCUCCAUCCCCAUUCUUAUGUUUAUAUUCUACAUGAACAAAUUCGAACCGAUGGAACAGUUCAUGGACCGCGAUGAGUACUGGAAGAACUUUAGGUGGAACUACUUUGGGCCUGAAUUGGAUCACCACGCCUAUGCCCAAUACCUGGAGGCUCGCCGAGCGAAGAAGUGGCGCGGUGUCGACGUCAAUCCGGAGGACUAUAUCCCUGAACAGUACAGGGGCCAGUAA